AUGGCUGGCGUCGCUGAUAAGGCGAGAUUCUAUCUCGAACGCGCUGUACCGCAGCUACGAGAAUGGGAGGAGAAAGAAAUAUUUUCAAAGGAUGAGAUUCGCACAAUCGUCCAGAAGCGCAACGACUACGAGCACAGAGUCCUCUCACCUGGGAAUAAGCCAUCGGAUUGGUCUUCUUACGCGCAAUGGGAGCAGUCCCUUGAGUCCCUCCGCAGCAAACGCUGCAAGCGUCUCAGAAUCCGACACCUCCAGUCCGCCCAUGCUGGCCAGGGCCGUACUCUUGCGAUUUACGAGCGAGGUGUCAAUCGACAUCCAGGAAGCAGUGCGCUGUGGAGAGAAUAUCUUUCAUAUACGUCCAGCGUCAAAGCAUCCAAGCGCUGGCGCAAAACCAUGACCAAUGCUCUACGCAUGAUGCCUACAGACCCUGAGCUGUGGACAAUGGCAGGUCGAAGGUCAGCGAAGAAUGGCGACAUGGCUGCCGCGCGUGGGUUUUUCAUGCGAGGUUGCCGCUUUUGCACGACGAAUGAAAAACUCUGGGUUGAAUAUGCGCGAACGGAGAUGGAAUGGCUCGAAAAGGUCGAUAAGCGCAAGGCCGUCGCAAAGCCCGGCCAGGACGUUCUCCGGCCUGAUCGUGAGGAGGAUGGCGACGAGCUGCGACUUGUGGACAGUGAUGAUGAUGAGGACGACGAUGAUCUUCCCGAGCCAUCCAACGCCCAAGCCAAGGUUAUUGACAAGCAGACGGCUCAGCAUUUGAAAUCAAACCCUGCCAUGGAUGGCGCUAUUCCUAUGGCUAUCUUCGAUAUCUCAAAGAAGCAGGCCUUCUUCAGCGCCAACACUGCGGAGGUAUUCUUCGACCUCUUCGUGUCUUUCGUACAUGUCCCAGCUCAGCCUAGGAUAUCACAACAUGUUCUGGAUACCCUUGAUCAGGAGUAUCCCAACCACCCAGCCACAUGCAACGUCCACAUUCGCCAGCCUAUUAUGGGCUUAAACCCACAGACAGCAGAGUUUCCCAAGAACCUCAGAGAGGUACUUUCACGCUUGAACCGGUACCUGGAAACCACAACAGAUCGCACGGAAUUACAGAAGAAGACCGUUGCAUGGAUAGAUGGGUACCUUGCACUGGAUGUUUUGGAUGAGGGUAUUCGGGCAGUUUUGGAACAUACCAAACAGAAGAUGGAGUCCAUUUAG